GUUUGUUUACAUGUUUACGCGAGCAAGAUUGUAUUUUUCGUGCAAAAAGUUGUGAAAAGUAGUUAAAAAUCAUUCGAAAUAUGUGAAUGUAGCGUUACUUAAACUUAGUUCAUUAAACGAAAGAAACCUUGUAGUGAAAACGCUCUUCGCCCUCCCCGAAAGAAGGACAGCAAAAAUGAAAUACUCCACCUCUCCGACUCCCUCGCGCAGCAACAGCACUUCGCUGCUGGGGAUGUCGUCAUCGAGAACCACAUCACCGCUGCCCCCGCCGGCCAACUACCGGAACGACUGCAUGAGCGCGACCAACAAAAGCUACAAGUACCUCCGGCGGUUCGUCAAGUUCGACCAGAUGGACUUCGAGUUUGCGAUGUGGCAGAUGCUGUACUUGUUCAUAGCGCCCAAGAAAGUGUACCGGAACUUCAACUAUCGGAAGCAAACCAAAUCUCAAUUUGCUCGUGACGACCCGGCUUUUCUGGUGUUGCUGGUAGGAUGUUUGUGCGUGACAUCCAUCGGCUUUGCGUGGGUGCUAAGCCUAGGAAUCGGCCAAAGUUUAGUAUUUCUGCUGUACGUGGUGUUCGUGGACUGCAUUCUCUGCGGAAUGGUCGUUGCCACGCUGCUGUGGUUCGUGACAAACCGGUAUAUGCGUGAGCAUGUCUCGGACCCGGACGUCGAAUGGGGCUAUGCGUUCGAUGUGCACCUGAAUGCAUUUUUUCCUCCGUUGAUUCUGUUGCACUUUAUCCAGCUAUUUUUCUACCACCCGCUGAUCAGCCAGGACUGGUUCAUAUCGACCUUCAUUGGCAAUACGAUCUGGCUGGCGGCGUUGAGCUACUACAUCUAUAUCACCUUCCUGGGUUAUAACGUAGUGCCCAGUCUGAGAAAUACCCGAGUAAUUUUGGUUACAUUACCGUUGGUCUUUUUGUUUUACGUUAUAACGCUAAUAAUCCGCUGGAAUUUAAGUGUAUCGUUAAUGUACUUCUAUCACUAUAGAGUUCUGUAAGCACGUAGCAGCAAUAAAAUACACAUCCAUACAA